AUAAGCGUCCUACUUUCACUUUCGUUUUGAUCUGUGCGAUGACUCUCGUUGUGAAAAACUUGCAAAAGGUUGUUCAUUUUAAUAUUGGCUUAUUGGAAAACCAUGUGAUGUUAUUGAGAAGGCUGAUGGACAUAACUUCAUUCGAUUUAGGUGUUGUUUGUUAUGACAAUAAAUCAAUUCAUAAACUGAAUAAGACUUACAGAGGCGAGGAUGAAUCAACGGAUGUUUUAGCUUUCCCUUUUAUAGAGGUAAUCGAGCCAGGUAUUCUUCCAUUUAUAAAAGAUCCCGAAGAAAGAAUUCUCGGCGAUAUCGCACUAGGCAUACCGUAUAUUAAAGACAAUCUAGAAGAGAACGAGAAACUGGAAGAGGUUUUACCGGUUAUGGUUACUCACGGAAUCUGCCAUCUGAUUGGAUACGACCACGAAGACGAGGUUCAGUGGAAACAAAUGUACCAAAAAGAACUUAACAUACUUCAGAAAUUUAACGAUCGGACCGGUUUUAACUGCAAACCAUUGUUAGGCGUGGGACACUUUGUUCAAUGACAUUUUACAUUUUUUUUUGCAAGUCUAUAACAUGAUCUUAUCGGUCAAUUUGUGUCACCAUACUUUGAUUUUAUUUUCGUGGUUAUAUAUGGUAUGUAUAAUUACUGAUCAACAAUGUAUCCGACAUUUGAAUGCUAAGAAUGUUGCCGAAACCUCACUUUUCAACCGCAUGUGUCAAUUUUUAGUAUUAGUAUGUGGCAUGAUGUGAAAGAGGUACAAGUGAAUAAGAUGAAGUUCUAUAACCUGAAUAACAAUAAAAAGCAUUAUCAUGCUAGUGUAUGUUUGAUUGUGUUGCUUAUUAUGGUUUGUCAGAGUACUUAAACUUGUAUUCAUCUAGAAUUUGGUACAUCUGUAGAUACACAAAUGCAACCUAAUGAACACAUAACAAAAUUCCGCAUACAACUUUGCCAUGAACCGUCCUGAAAUU